UAGGUAGGCAAAAAGCCAUUUCUAAGCCCCUCAUAAAAUUGCAUAAACUCGGAGCCAGAAAAGACGGGACCGAACACAAGCCAUCUCGGGUCUCAAUUGUCAAUUGUCAAUUCUCAAUCAGACAGCAGCAGGAGUUCCGCCCUGAAAUUCAUCUCUCUGCUCCUGGAGCCUCCUCCACUCUCUCUAUAUAAUAGUUGCCGUAACUAUUUUUUCCUUUCAUUAAGUCCAGCACUCUUUCCCAGUAAUACGCAAUUUUUCUUUCCUAUUAACUACCUCUUCAAUUCACAUACAGUGUCAUCAUUUUAUUAGUUUCUUCAGCAUCGGCUUUUUCUUCUGGGGCUUGGGCUUUGUCAAUGGAAACAGUUUAGAGUAAUGAGUUGAUUACUUGGUUUCUUUUUGUUUAGGAUUUUAGAGGGGCAAAUUACGAGGAACCUGCCCAAGGUGGUGGAAUCUAUUUUUCUGCCGAGCCUUUUGAUUUCAUUGGUGCCUUUUUAUUUUGGGGUUGAGAAUGGAAUCAUCAGAAUUAUCUAUCUGAGAGAAAAAGCUGGUAACUUUUUCUUCUUUUUUUAAUGGUUGUUGAGGGAUUUUUACUUUGGUCAUGAUUCCCGGGUCCAGUAGAUUCGUGCUGGCAACAAAUAGGAUUCUUUUAGUAUGGGAAUUUCAAUUUACUUAUGGACUAUGUUGGUGAAGUCUCAAGUUUUGUCCUGGCAUUGGCUGUACAAACAGUAACAGAUUCCAUAUAGAGCUUUAGGUUUUUCUUUUGGUCAUGCUGAUUUUGAGAUAUUACAUUUAUAUGGGUUGAAGAAGAAGAAGAAGAAAGAGGAAAAAAAGGGUGUUUGAGAAAAUGUCAUCCAUGUCAACAAACAAGAGUAACUGUUCUAGGAGCAGUUCGGCACGGUCAAAGCAAAAUGCUCGUGUGAUUGCGCAAACCACAAUCGAUGCCAAGCUACAUGUGGAUUUUGAAGAGUCCAAGAGGCUCUUUGAUUACUCCACUUCUAUUGACUUCAACAUUUCAAGUUCAACCAGUAAUGUUCCAUCUUCUACUGUGUCAGCUUACCUUCAAAAGAUGCAAAGAGGGAGUCUAAUUCAGCCCUUUGGUUGCUUAAUUGCUGUUGAUGAGCAAAACUUCACUGUUCUUGCUUAUAGUGAAAACGCUCCAGAAAUGUUGGACUUGGCGCCUCAUGCUGUUCCAAACAUAGAGCAGCAAGAGGCUCUGACUUAUGGAAGUGAUGUGAGAACACUGUUUAGUUCUCCUGGUGCAACGGCCUUGCAGAAAGCUGCUAAUUUUGGGGAAGUUAACCUUCUCAAUCCGAUCUUGGUUCAUUGUAAAACAUCAGGCAAGCCCUUUUAUGCCAUUUUGCAUAGGAUCGAAGCUGCGCUUGUUAUAGAUCUAGAACCAGUUAACCCAGCCGAGGUGCCAGUAACAGCUGCUGGCGCAUUGAAGUCCUAUAAGCUGGCAGCGAAAGCCAUUUCAAGGUUGCAGUCCUUGCCAAGUGGGAACAUAUCUCUGUUAUGUGAUGUUUUAGUUAAGGAAGUUAGUGAUUUGACAGGUUAUGAUAGGAUAAUGGUUUAUAAAUUUCAUGAAGACGAACAUGGAGAAGUAAUUGCUGAAAGCCGUAGACCUGAUUUGGAACCUUAUCUAGGCUUGCACUACCCAGCUACUGACAUACCACAAGCCUCAAGAUUCCUUUUCAUGAAAAACAAAAUUAGAAUGAUAUGUGAUUGUUCUGCCCAACCAGUUAAGGUGAUUCAAGACAAAGGAUUAGCUCAACCAUUAAGUCUCUGUGGAUCCACGUUAAGAUCUCCUCAUGGGUGUCAUGCACAGUAUAUGGCAAGUAUGGGGUCAAUUGCAUCUCUUGUGAUGUCAGUAACUAUCAAUGAGAAUGAUGAUGAGAUGGACAGUGAACAAGACAAGGGAAGAAAAUUGUGGGGAUUAGUGGUCUGCCACCACACUAGCCCCAGAUUUGUUCCAUUCCCACUGAGAUAUGCCUGUGAGUUUCUUAUACAAGUAUUUGGAGUGCAAAUUAACAAGGAAGUGGAUUUGGCGGCCCAAAUGAGGGAGAAGCAUAUUCUGCAAACCCAGACUGUGCUUUGUGACAUGCUGUUGAGAGAUUCCCCUGUAGGAAUUGUUACUAAAUCUCCGAAUGUUAUGGAUCUUGUUAAGUGUGAUGGGGCCGCACUUUACUACAGACAGAAAUUUUGGUUGCUUGGAGUUACCCCUACAAAGGCACAAAUUAGGGAUAUAGCAGAAUGGCUUCUUGAGUACCAUAGUAGUAGUACGGGCUUAAGUACUGAUAGCCUUAUGGAAGCUGGCUAUCCAGGUGCUUCAGUUCUUGGAGAGGCAGUUUGUGGGAUGGCUGCUGUUAAGAUCACUUCUAAAGACUUCCUGUUUUGGUUUCGGUCCCAUACAGCUAAAGAGAUCAAAUGGGGUGGUGCAAAGCAUGAUCCUGGUGGCAAGGAUGAUGGAAGAAAGAUGCAUCCAAGAUCAUCAUUCAAGGCUUUUCUGGAGGUUGUCAAGUGGCGUAGCCUGCCUUGGGAGGAUAUAGAAAUGGAUGCAAUUCAUUCCUUACAGCUGAUAUUGAAAGGAUCCUUGCAAGACGAGGUUGCUGAUGAUUCCAAAAUGAUUGUGAAUGUACCAUCCAUUGAUGACAGGAUUCAGAGGGUGGAUGAACUGCGUAUUGUCACUAAUGAAAUGGUCCGCCUGAUUGAGACUGCUGCUGUCCCAAUCUUCGCUGUUGAUUCCUCUGGUAACAUAAAUGGAUGGAACUCUAAAGCGGCAGAACUCACUGACCUGACUAUUGAGCAAGCAAUUGGCAUGCCAUUGUUUGAUCUUGUUGAGGAUGAUUCAGUUGAUGUUGUCAAGAACAUGCUUUCAUUAGCCCUAGAAGGUAUAGAAGAACGAAGCAUUGAAAUCAAGCUUAGGACUUUUGGUUGUCAGGAAAAUAAUGGACCUAUCAUCUUGGUUGUUAAUGCAUGUUGUAGUCGAGACUUAAAGGAAAAUGUUGUUGGAAUUUGCUUUGUUGGGCAAGAUCUCACCAGCCAAAAGAUGGCCAUGAACAAAUAUACGCGUGUCCAAGGUGACUAUGUUGGUAUUAUGAGGAACCCAUCUGCUCUUAUUCCCCCAAUUUUUAUGAUUGAUGAGGUUGGCAGAUGCUUGGAGUGGAAUGAUGCAAUGCAAAAGUUGACUGGUAUGAAGAGGGAAGAAGCCAUUGAUAGGAUGCUUCUAGGGGAGGUUUUUACAGUAGACAAGUUCGGCUGUAGGGUGAAGGAUCAUGACACCUUUACCAAACUCAGGAUAUUAUUCAAUGGGAUAACUGCUGGUGAGGAUGCAGAUAAACUAUUAUUUGGGUUCUUUGAUCAGGAGGGUAAAUUUGUUGAAGUAUUACUCUCAGCAAGCAGGAGGACUGAUGCUAAUGGAAGGAUCACUGGGAUUUUGUGUUUUUUGCAUGUGGCUAGCCCGGAGCUUCAGUAUGCUUUACAAGUGCAGAAGAUAUCUGAACAGGCAGCAGCUAGUAGCCUCAAUAAGUUGGCUUACAUCCGUCAAGAACUCAGGAAGCCUUUGAAGGGGAUUGUAUUAAUGCAGGGUCUGAUGGGGGAUUCCGAUUUGAGUAGCAAUCAGAGGCAGCUUCUGAGGACAAGUGUAAUGUGUCGGGAACAAAUGGCCAAGAUUGUUGAUGACACAGACAUUGAAAGCAUUGAGGAGUGCUACAUGGAAAUGGACUCCGGGGAGUUUAACCUUGGAGAAGCCUUGGAAGCUGUCUUGAAACAAGUUAUGUUAAUGAGCCAAGAGCGGCAAGUUCAGGUGAUCCAAGAUUUACCUCCUGAAGUCUCAUCCAUGUACUUGUAUGGAGACAAUUUGAGGCUUCAGCAAGUCCUUUCAGAUUUUUUGACAAAUGCACUCCUCUUCACUCCUGUGUUUGAGGAAUCAUCGGUUUCAUUCAGGGUAAUUCCUCGGAAGGAACGUAUUGGGACGAAGAUACAAAUUGUUUAUCUUGAAUUUCGGAUCACUCAUCCAGCACCAGGUAUCCCCGAAGAUUUAAUUCGGGAGAUGUUUCACCAGAGGCAGGGUGUCUCAAGGGAAGGUCUUGGCCUAUACAUCAGUCAGAAGCUUGUAAAGAUUAUGAAUGGUACUGUGCAAUAUCUAAGAGAGGCUGAAAGGUCAUCCUUCAUUAUCUUUUUAGAAUUUCCAUUGGCUCGCCUGCUUGGCCACCAUUGAAAACCCAUAGCCAAGUGAAGCUGAUAAGCAUCGAAACAAGGCUACUGCAGCUUCUAUAUGAACCGUAUCAGUAGCUUGUCAUCUCAACCAAACAAGCACCUUAACACCUCGGGGUGAUCAUACCGAGUCUGGAUGAUACCGAGGGCUGCUCAGCCUGUUGAAGAGCAUUCUCCAUUACAAGUAUGUAAAGCAGGCAAAAGUUUAAUGCAGAGUCGAGGCUUUGGUAAUGGGAACACCCGAUAAAAGAUUAGCUAAUAUCUUAGAAACCCCCUUUUAUUAGGUAUCUUUCUUGCAUUACAAUUCAGUCGACUGAGGUAAUAUCUAAUUUCUUGGGCAUAUAGUACCAAUGUUGCUGCUUUUGGUGUAUAAGAGGCUACUGUACAGUGAAACCUCCAAAUGAUCUAUUGACUUGAUGAGUGUUGAAAUGAUCACUCUCAUACAUCCUUCAAUACUAAUAGUAUGUUUACAUUUA